AGAUUAAAAAUGUUUAUUUGAAGACUAAUAUAGACAAGAAAAACUAGGUAGGUGAGAAUAUUCAGAAUUCGUGAGAUGAAGUUUUUUAAAUGUUUAAUAAUUCGAAAAGGAAUUAACUCUGUAGCAGCAUGAAACAUACAUUAAUUCUAAGAAAACAAGAUUACCUGAAUACCUGCAGAUCUACUUAACUCAAUGAAUAAACGGAUCUAGAUUAAAGUGGAAAAUGUUAGUUUUAAGUUCAAUUCUUUUCUGGGUUUCAUCCUUUUCUCUUCUCCUUCCCAAUGUAUCAUCCACAAAGGAUGAAGCUUUGGAAGGCGUAGGCUCUAGUCAAAGUAGGUUUACAUUAAACUUAACAGAUGUACAAACACAUAUCAACUCAGAUAUAGUAAAACCAGAGUUUGACCCAGAGACACAAGUUAACUCAGAGAUAGUGAAACCAGAGUUUAACUCAGAGACACAAGGCAACUCAGAUAUAGUGACGUUUUCGGACCCUGCUCUGUCAGAAUUACUUGCUGACUCAAAUACAGUAAUUAGCUCAGAAACAGUUGAUCCAGUAGCUAACUCAAAAACACUUCCUCCAGUAACUAACUCAGAAAUUAUUCCAAUAGCUAACUCAGAAACAGUUGCUCUAGUAAAUAACUCAGAAACAGUGGAUCCAGUAACUAGCUCAGAAAAAGAUGCUGAAAGAACUAACUUAGAAACAGUUGAUGCAGUAGCUAACUCACAAAUAGUUGAUUCAGUAGCUAACUCACAAAUAGUUGAUUCAGUAGCUAAUUCAGAAAUAGUUGCUUCAGUAGCUAACUCAGAAAAAGUUGAUUCAGUAGCUAACUCAGAAACAGUUGAUUCAGUAGCUAACUCAGAAACAGUUAAUCUGGUAACUAACUCAGUUGAUCCAGUUGCUCAAGUAACUAACUCAGAAACAGUUGAUCCAGUAACUAAUUCAGGAAUAGUUGAUGCAGUAGCUAACUCAGAUACAGUUGAUCCAGUAACUAUCUUGAAUACAGUUAACCCAGUAGUUAACUCAGAAACAGCUGAUCCAGUAAAUAGCUCAGAAAUAGAAAUAGUUGCUCAAAUAACGAACUCAGAAACAGUUGAUUCAGUAGCUAACUCAGAAACAGUUGAUGCAGUAGCUAACUCAGAAACAGUUGAUUCAGUAGCUAACUCAGAAAGAGUUGAUCUGGUAACUAACUCAGUUGAUCCAGUAUCUAUCUUGAAUACAGUUAAUCCACUGUUUAACUUGGGUACAGGUAAUCAGAAAGAAGUUAAGCCUGUAUCUUACUCAGAAAACGUGAAUCCAGAAUUGAACCUAGAAAGCGUAAAAACAGGACAAGUUAAUCAAAUGUCAAGUGUUGCAAGAGUUAAUCAGGUAUUUAAUUCUGCAAGAGUUAUUCCUGAGAGAGGUAUUUCUGGAAGCAAAAUAGAAAGAGUUUCUUAUUCAGGUAGGGUCAAUCCUGCCAGAGUUAUCACAGAAAGAGUUGAUCCCAACUCAGAGUUUUCAUCCCCAAUUGAUUCCGUGUUAACAGAGUACACACCUCAUCAACCAAAUCCAGCUUUUUUAAAAGUAAAUCCUCAAGUAAAUCCAAGUUACAGGAAAGCUUUUCAUUAUCGUGAAAAUAUUCCCACAAAUAUUAAAUUAAAUUCCAAUCAGUGGAUUCCCCUCGAUAGAAGGAAUACCCAUCAAAGAUAUAUUCCACAGGACUCUAAAGCUAGAAAUCCACACACAUCGAACCAUAGAAAUCAGAAAUAUAUUCCGCUGGACUCUAAUCACAGAAAUCCCAGGUAUUUUCAGCAUCAUAUUCAACGACAUUAUCCACAACAAUCGUUUUACAAAACGCAAAAUGUUCCGGUAGAAUCCAGUUUCAGAAAUCCGAAAUUUAUAUCGCAGGUCUCUAAUUCUAAAUCAAACCAUGAGAAUGAUACAUCAUUCCUUCAUUCAAACACCAUUGGUCAUAGAAAUGACCUAGAGAUAAAUAAAACUGAAAUUCGGAAAUCAGAAAUUAUUUCUUCUGACAAAAAUAAAGAUUUCCGGACCAGCUUUAGUUCGGGAAAUUCAGAAAACUCCCCUGAUUCAUCAACAAUAAUAAAAAUGUUGAUCAAAAAUGAUAAGCCCUCCAAAUCUGAAAAGGGAAAUAAAAGUGAAGGUACAAGACCUAAUAUAUUUCCGGAGCUAAAGGACGAAGAUGGCAAGGAAUACGGGACGGAGACAAUCCUGUCUGAUGAUUCUACAUACCGAGAGAAAUUAAGCCCCUCUGAGGCUGAUAUACUCCAGGAAGUUGUUGAAUCAAGGUUCGGGAUUAAAUUGCUCAGUGAGCCGAAUUCUAAACCUUCCUCACGGGUUGAACAACUAUAUUCUCCAGACAGAGAAUCUUUUGUAGAUCCGUUAAUCCGCACUUUUCCUCAACCUAGCUCAGAGUUUAAUGAAAACCUCCCCAGGCCUGUUUAUAUCCCGGAGAAUGAGUCGUUUGGAAACAAAUACAGUGAUAAAAUCCACCUUCAACCCUCAUUUCAUCACCCGGAGCUUAAACACUAUCCUAACCCAAACCCUGAGUACAAACCUAACUCUAAACCAAUCCUUGCUCCGGUCAGAGAUAACGCGGUGUAUGCAGAAAAGUACCCUGAGAAGGUUAGACCAAGUGUUACUCCGGGUCCCACAACCGACAGUGUAGAAGAAACUACCGCUUAUACACCGUUUUACUUCUAUCCGAUGCAGAAGAUACGUAACUGGUUUUAUGGAGCUCCUGCACCUAAACCAGACCAAGGGGCGAAGGAGGAUUUAGGGGAGGCGGCGAAAGAGAAAGAGGAGAUCGACAAGUUGCUAAAUACCAUCGACACCCUCAGCUCCCCUGAGAACCCGGAGGGCUUAAACCAGUUGAAGAACAUGACGGAUACUAUCAUCAAGAUUAUCCGUAAGGAUUACUUCCAAAAUGAGUUUAAGGUGGACAACUUUAUCAUUGAUGCUCCGCUGGAUUACGACGAGGAGGAGCUGGAGGAGAUGAGGAAGAAUGCGUCUAGUUACUCUGGGUCCUCAGAUCUAUUGGACAGACGGGACGGGUUCGAUACUGCUCUCGCCGUACUAGAUGCUACACAGGCGAGUAUGGAGGGGGGUGGUGUGUACAACAGACGACAGUACAACAGGUUGCAGUACUGUUUCUCAAGGCAUCCUCCUCUUCAACAAUCUCAGGAGAAAUUCUGGCGCGGAGUAGUUCAAUACAACAGGCAAGGGGGUACACCUACUGAUAGAUUAGGAGCUAAUCCCAGCUUAUUUACUGAAAGGAACAGAACUUAUCUCGGGUAUGAGAACCUGCUAGUGAUGGAACCCUGUAACUUCGCCUCGAAUAUCGCCUACUAUUACAUGGCCCAGGGGGUUUGUGAAUAUAGAUAUUGGUCCCUUCCUUUACCCACUGUCGUAGCUAUAGUAGAGUCUUCAGCUAACCUUGCAGUAGGUUCCGCCUUCUACCAUGGAAGCCACACAAAGCUUGGUCAGGUUCUUGAUAAUUUCAUGAUUGCUGUAAUAUCCUACAUUAUACAUCAGGCGAGUUUGGCGGGUAUACCUGGGUUACCGCCAGCGAUAACAGAUUUGGCGGAAACUGCCCGCCCACUUACCGCCGUUCAGAUCUCUAAGAGGAUGGUUUAUCUAUUCCUGGAAGAGCCAGUAGAGAACUGGUUGGAGAAAACUAAACAAGUAAGUGUACCUGACUACCAGACAACAUUUUCAGCAACAUUCUGUACAAUCUUCAGUCUAGUCUUCCCAGAUUCAUUGGUAGAUAACAUAGUGCCAACAUUAACUAAUGCAUUUGGUGUCCCUGCUGACCUACAGGAAUUCAUUGUUUCCCGGUAUCUACCGGUCAUUAGAACUCAUCUCAAGCCGGUCACCCUGUCAGUUUUCCAACGAGUAAAGAUUAUUCUUCAACUUUUAAGUGCGACUAAAAAGCUUGUAUUUGCUUUUCUCUGGCAAGAAAGAACUUUUAACGUAGAGAAACUUCAGACACCAACAGGAAUUAUGGUUGGAUCGUUUGUUCAACCGUAUGUGAACAGUUUAUCUAGUAUAAUGAGCUGGCUCCCUAUACUCUCUCAACCACUAGCUGAUGGAGCUGAUGUAUAUCCAGGAGAAGGAUGGUGUAAGAGUUCUCAGCCGCAUUCUCUUUGGCAUGCAGAGUCAGCUACAGGGUUAUUAAAUUUCAGGUUUACAGUAAACAUAUAA